AUUGAUAAGGGGCCAGUUGCAAUUUUUUAGAAAUUCAAAAACCUGGGAGAAAAGGAGCAGAAUGUGCGACCGCGUUUUUUUUCUUUUUCUCCAAAGCGCACUCUCCGCGUCCGAUUCUCCGGCCCGUAAAUCCCUCCGCCAUCCAUCGGUUCAAUCCCCUCUUCUCUUUUAUUGUUCUGUUCUUCUCUUUCAAGUUUCAACCUUCAAGAUCGAGUCUUUCCAAGCUGACUUGAUCGAUCCCACUGUGAAUUUCUUCAUAAAAACAAAUUUUUUUUUGUUCUUUCAGAGAGAAUCUCACUCUGGGCUUUUGCUAAAUUUGAAUCUUGAUGGGUAACCGUUCAAGCAGACACAAUCACGGCGAACCACAGGCCAACGGGCACAACCACAGAUCGACCCAUCAGGCUCACACCGGGCGCCCGGAACACCGAUUCCCUUCCCGGCCGCGGGCGUCCAAGUCUGAAUCCAUUCUGGGCAAGCCUUAUGAAGAUGUUAGGUUACAUUACAGUCUGGGAAAACAACUGGGGAAGGGUCAAUUUGGGGUGACCUAUCUCUGUACUGAGAUCAGAACUGGCAAACUCUAUGCCUGCAAGUCAAUUUCUAAGAAGAAGCUUGUGACCAAAGGGGACAAAGAUGAUGUGAGGAGGGAGAUCAAGAUCAUGCAGCACCUGGUUGGUCAGCCCAACAUUGUGGAGUUCAAAGGGGCUUAUGAGGACAGUGAUUCGGUGCAUCUUGUGAUGGAGCUUUGUGCUGGCGGGGAGCUUUUUGACAGGAUCAUAGCCAAGGGUCACUACAGUGAAAGGGCAGCUGCCUCUGUUUGUAGGGAUAUUGUCAGUGUUGUUAAUACUUGCCAUUUCAUGGGGGUGAUGCACCGCGAUUUGAAGCCGGAAAAUUUCUUGCUGUCUGAUAAGAGUGUGAAUUCUGCUUUGAAGGCCACUGAUUUUGGCCUCUCUGUGUUCCUUGAAGAAGGAAAGGUGUACAAGGAUCUGGUGGGAAGUGCAUACUAUGUUGCUCCUGAAGUACUGAAAAGGAGGUAUGGGAAGGAAGCAGAUGUUUGGAGUGCCGGCGUGAUUUUGUAUAUUUUACUCAGUGGCGUUCCUCCGUUCUGGGACGAAACCGAGAGGGGGAUAUUUGAGGCAAUACAAAAAGAAGAACUUGACUUGGGAACAAAACCAUGGCCUUCCAUAUCAAGCAGUGCCAAGGACUUGGUGCGAAGGAUGCUAACGCGUGACCCACAAAGUCGCAUUACUGCUGCUCAGGUUCUUGAGCACCCAUGGAUAAGGGAAGGUGGAGAAGCAUCUGAUGAACCAAUAGAUAGCGCUGUCCUCUCAAGAAUGAAGCAGUUCAGAGCAAUGAACAAACUUAAAAAACUCGCCCUCAAGGUGAUUGCAGAAAAUCUCUCAGAAGAAGAAAUUCAUGGAUUGAAAGCAAUGUUUGCGAAUAUAGACACAGACAACAGUGGCACAAUCACAUAUGAUGAACUAAGGACAGGAUUGGCUCAACUUGGGUCGAAGCUCACCGAGGAUGAAGCCAAGCAGUUGGUAGAAGCCGCUGAUGUAGAUGGAAAUGGCUCAAUUGACUACAUCGAGUUCAUCACCGCUACAAUGCACAAGCACAAGCUAGAAAGGGAAGAAAAUCUAUACAACGCAUUUCAGUAUUUCGAUACGGACAAUAGUGGAUUCAUCACAAGAGACGAACUGGAGACUGCGAUGAAGGAACACGGAAUAGCUGACGCAGCGGGUAUACUGGAAAUAAUAGCCGAAGUGGACACUGACCAUGAUGGGAGAAUUAACUACGAAGAAUUUUGCACGAUGAUGAGAUCAGGAACCAAACCGUUCUAAUAGAGACUCCCCAAAGGUUUCCUCAUCUUUAACCAGGUUCCGACGAGCUUUUCCAGCUAAAGUUAUGGAGUAGUAUAUUAUGUACGAAAAAUUGUAUGUGUGCAUUGCACUUGGUGUACACCAAGUUGUACAACAUUUUGUAACAUAAACAUUUGAAAGAAAAAAAAAACUCAUCAUUGUGUAACAAAAAAUGUGGUAUGACUGUGUAGACCAAGUGAUGUAUAUGUACAUAAAGCAGUUCAUUUCAUAAUGUGAUUGUAAGAAUUUGGGAGAAAAUAUAUCCUCUUUCUUCUGCUUUUAAUAAAUUGUGAGAUGUGAGAAUAAGCAAAAUUUCAUUGCUGUAAAAAUCAAUGUUUAAUUUUGAGCAAUUUAUGCUUAUGCAGUAUGCACUGAGCUGUUCAUGU